AAACAAGAUGGCGUCUUCAGGCGACAACUCCAGAGUUAAGGUUUGUUGUUAUUUAUGGUCCCAAAAAGUACUCUUUUCAUUUAUUGUUUUAAUAAAUUUCCCUGUUAAUCUUUUAAGGGUGUUACCAUCAUAAAGCCGGUGAUAUUUGGAAAUGUGUCGCAUUAUUUUGGAAAGAAGCGAGAAACUGACGGUCAUACUCAUGGGUGGAUUGUCUUUCUUCGUCCUUUCAAGAACGAGGUGAGCCAUUUAGGCUACGUUGUUUGUCGCUAGAUUGAGUGCAUAAGAACAAUAUUAAAAAACAAGAGGACUAGUUAUAUCGAAACGAUUGUUGAACGUAUACUUGUAGCUCAUUCAAAUAAUUUUUGGAGUGAAGUUUUGGGCCCAUUCAAAGUGGAUAUUGAUACUUGUAAUUUAUAUUUAUUUUUAUGUUUUAAUUCUCAAAGGUCACUCAUCAUUCAUUUGCACAUUCAUUACUGUGAAUGUGUCAAAAAAAUAAAAUAAAAUAAAAUGAUGUAUAAAGUCAAUGAUGUAUAAAAUCAACGAGGCAGAUUAAUAUAAUAGUAACAGCAGAUUUAAUUGCAUCCACGGAAGGCUGAUCUAAUAAAAAGGAAGGCAGAGUGUUUCAAUAUUUUCGAGUUCUGGUAAAAAAAUUGUACCUAUAGGUAUUGCUGUUACUACCAAUGUAUUAAUAUAAAUCUGGACCACCCCCCUCCCCACCCCCCCCCCCCCCAAAGUAGUGUAUGUGGGGUCUGGUGGGCUUUAACUAGCCACUGGUUCAAUACACUUACGAUGUAAAAAUACUACAAUAUAGCUGAUAGUCACAAGAUUUCAAGUAACCAAUCAGAGAGUGAUAAGGUUUUGUAAACUAAGGUCUAAUAGCAUAACUCCCUGGGGUACACACGCAGUUUAUAGCAUAAGCAAGCAGAUUACGGAAGCAAGAUUAUAAGCAUAGUGCAGAUAUAAAUUUGCCCAUCCCGCCACUUCCAUGGACAGUCUUCUUCUCUUUCUGUUGUUUGGAUUCUUUUGUUUGAAUUGACUGUAGUAUUUGUUUUAACCAGUUCUCUUGAGUUUGAGUGGUUUUGUUCUAAAUAAAGACUGUAAGAUCCCAAGACGAGUGAGUGUGGUGGUUUAUGAAGCUUGCUCAAAACUGUGAUAAAUGAUAUGACAGUUUUGCUGAGCGGCUUAUCGGUGAUUCAUUUAUCGACAUUUGGUAAUUUCAUUUUCAGCAGUUGAAGAAAAACUGUUUGUUAUCAAGCAACACUUUUUUUCAUAGCCUUUGUCCUGUGACACAAGUUUAUAUAAGUAACUUGCCAAUACGGUUUUCGCAUUGUUGUUGGUUAAUUCCCUAAAGAGUUAUAACAGUGAAGGCAUAAGUAAAGAAUACAUAUUCACUGGGGUGGCUCAGUAGUCCUGACUGAAGAGAUGCCUUUAAAACUUAUACCUUUGUCAUUCUUUAAGACUCUAACCUCAACUGACAAGCCCCUGAGCUACUGAGGCACUAAGAUAUUAUAUAGCUAGCACCUUAACUUGUUCUUUAAAAUUAUAUGUACUUUGCUUGCUAUCUAACACUUACCUUUCUCAUUCCUUAAAUGCUCAUCAUGUCUAGCAAGCCACUGAGCCAUUUCUGUUUAAGGCCUUACAAAAUGACCCUGCAUUCUGUAUUUGCUCCACAAUGAAAGCUUCAUUGAAUACUCUCAGAUAUUCCUUGUACCAUUCUCUAUAGGACAUGUCCAGUUAUGUGAAAAAAGUUCACUUCAAACUUCAUGAAAGUUAUGCUAACCCUCUCAGAGGUAAGAUGUCUAAGGACUGAAAAAAAAAUUUUGUAAGAGAGUACCUUAUUAUUUUUAUAAGCCUAUCUCAAGAUUUCUAUAAUCUUGUACAAAAAAGUUUAAGAAAAAUGGGCAUUUAUUGUCUAUUUUUUUGAAAUAUGGUUGAACCCUGCCUUACGGCCACCUCGUUAAAACAGUCACCCCAUUAUUACAGCCACUUUUUUUGUAUGCCCAGCAGAAACACCUAUACAUUUUCUUGUAAAGAAACCCUUGUUAAUACGGUCCCCUCUCGUUAUUACGGCCAAUUUUUUUUGGCCCCUUGGUGACCGUAAUAAUGGGGUUCCACGGUAAUAAGGCUCUUCAAAGUACUGCUGAUUACAAAUAUGUCACCCUUUCUUCCAAAAAAAACAAUGUUGAUUUCCAGCUGAAUCAUUUCUGCUCCUGACUGAACAGUGCUGAGCAGGAUGAGGUGAGGAGAGGGGUCAUUGUGCAGGGCUGUCGCUAACACUUCAACUUGCCGUGUUUAUGUGAUCAGUAGCAGGGGAAUUGUACAGCUAAGAAGCAAUUUUGGUUCUAUUUUCCUUUUGUUUCCUAUAAAAGUUGCUGGAGCUCACGCUCAUAGUAACCGGGGAAAAUCCCCAGCCCCACCCGGCUCUUAUAGUGACAGCCCUGCAUUGUGGUACCAAAUCAAUAGGAUGGGCAUCCUGUGUGUAAGAAUGUGCAGAAUUCUUAUCACUUUUUGUCCAAUAUGGUAAAUAGUAAAUAGAGCCGCAGCUUUACUCCUGGAAUUGGUGUAUAGCAACUUGUUUGAUUGAUAAUCCUAUUAUAAUUUUCUGACAUCUUGUUUUCUAUGCAGUUGUAACAAAACCUCCAUACGAAGUGAAUGAAUCAGGCUGGGGAGAAUUUGAAAUACAGAUCAAGAUCUUCUUCAUGGAUCCUGCAGAAAGACCGGUUAGAAAGCGUUUCUUUUACUUCUCGAUUCCUCUUCAUCAGGCCACAUUGUAACAUGUACAGGACAUGCAUGCAUGUACAUGCAUGUACAGGUUAAAGGUUUGUUUAGAGUGGGAAGUGAACUUAGCUUAUCCAGCUACUUUACAGGCACACCACUCAAAUAACUAGACAUAAAAAACCCAAAUAAAACAUAACAGGAUUAUAAACCCCGACUGGUAGAAGGCAACCAGUUGGCUUUUUACAAGCAUGGCAAGGAUGUGAACUCAGGACAACCAAGAACAAAUCUAGCUGCUGCCUCCUAGAAGUUGCACUGUACUUUAGAGCUAGGGUGAUACUCUCUUAGAAUUCUGAGACUUGUUUUCCUUAAAACAUAUUGUAAAAUUCUUAAGACCUGUUCCCUUUUGUUGUAAUACACAAUGUUUGAUUUGCUCCCGCUCAGCUCGCUUGGCUCACCGAUUUUUUUAUUUUUGCCUUUUCCGCCACUGCGGAGCUGUGAGGAUAUUUCUUAACCCUUUAAAGAAUAAGUUGAGAGAAUUUGAUGAAAGAUCAAAGCAUUUUCUCUUAGGUGAUCAAUUUAUUUAUUCUCAUAACCAAAUCUCUUGACAAUCUUUGGAUAUGGUUAGGAGAAAAUUGAUGUUGGUCACCAUUGGGACUUAAAGGGUUAAUUGUUAUGGUCUGUCUUCUUUAUUACAGGUUACUCUGUAUCAUCUUUUAAAGCUCUUCCAGACGGAGUCAGCUCUCGCUUCUGGAAAGAAACAGUUGGUGUCUGAGUUUUAUGAUGAAAUUGUAAGUCAAGAUCAUUUUAAAAUAAAGAGUUGCAGUCAAACCCAGUUAAUACAGACACCGAGGGGGCCAUUGAAAGUGUCUGUUUUAAAAGUCCCAAUAUCCACAUACAAAUUCUCCAAACUGAUCUACAUACAUUUCCAUGAAGAAUUAGUUGAGAGAAUUUGAUAAAAGAUCAAAUAUAUUUAUCUUUGUGAUCAUUUUGUUAAUUCUCAUAGACUUUGCUCAUGAUAGUCUAUGGAUAUCGUUAGGAGAAAAUUGAUUUUGAGCACUAUUGGGACUCAAGGGGUUAAAGGGAUGUUUUUAUUAAGCGGGUUGAAUUUAUAGAAAAUGUGAAAGGUUUCUUUCCCCCGGAACAAAAGCAAACUGUCCAUGAUAAUAAGGUGUCCGUAUUAAGCAGGUUCCCGUAAAGUAGGGUCAACUGUAUUCUUUUUUGAGAGAGUUGGACUCCCUACCAUAAGUUUUCUGUUUAGUUCUCAAAAACUGUGUAAAAAAGCCAUUUUUUCCUUCAUUAAAACCCAGGCGAGGUACACUGGUCUGGAAACAGUUUCAGAAAAUAGAACGGUAAUGAUGGACAAGAGAUUUUGGUGGGAAGCUGUCAGCUUGUCACGCAAGAAUUUCUGGCCAAGAUAGAUAGGGAACCUCUAGAGUGCCAGAGGAUCUAUACCAGGCCUGAAAUGUGAAGCAUGCCAGUGAAAUUAUUUCCCAUUAAAAAACAUAUCUAAGGGCGCUUUCCAAAAGUCAGAACUAGCAGGCCAGACAAAACAUUUCGACAAUGAAACAGGCUUUUACAAAGAGUUUUUUUUUUUUGGAAAAACCAUCCACUUCGUGCUUGCUAUUUAGCAUUUGAAUGAUCUGGCUGGACAGUCUUGAUUAAAAGUGAAAUUCUCGUUACGACGAGAAUGGUCUGGAAGAUCAGUUGCACUCUAAAUUUCUGAAACAUUUUUAUUUUAUUUUGUAGAUUUUUCAAGACCCCACCCAGAUGAUGCACCAGUGUCUUCUGAGUGCCCGACAGUUACAGCCAAUAAAACAUGAAUCAGACUGUAAGUAAACAGUAUCAUGCAAACAGGCUCCCAGUGGAGUGGGGCGAUAAAGAAAAGAGCUUGGCGGGGCAGCCUGUAGACUUUGUCUUGAUGCCACUCAUCCAUUAAACCAGAUUCUGGUAUCAUGAUCUGUGGGAUUCACAUGCUCCUUGAAAUUCCUUGAAAGUCGUUGAAAAUUGCCGUCGGAACUAACUUUAUCCAACCCAGAUUCUCAAUUGCAUAAAAGGAGAAAACACAGAAAGACCUUCAGGAUGAAAUUGCUUAUGUUGUGGAAGAACUAAAAAAGACAUAGAUGCAAGGCUCUUUUUUGCACUGAAUGGAGUCCUUGAAAGUCCUUGAUUUUUUUGUUCAAAAAAGGGUACGAGCCCUGGAUCUGAUUCUUUAGAUCGCUGACUGCUGACAAUUGAGCGAGGAAAAAUACCCAUAUACAGGCGACUGUUAUUGAAGCCGAUGCGUUCAAGCAUAAUAGCCAUCAUAAUUAGACAGGUCUAAUUAGCUUAUUGACAUGUUAUUGACAUAUGUGUUAAGUGGGCGACAUCAAAACAAACUCUAUCAGGCUCCCCUGCCUUUGUCCUCUCCCAAGCCUUUGCUUCGCUUGCCGAUUUUUUUUUGUCGUUCUGCUCCACUUUUUUUUUUUUUCACAAUGAUGGUCACUUUCGAAAAUUUUCCACCUUUCAUUCGCUAUCCCUUCGUUUGUUUCUGAAACUCCAGAAAUUUCAGUCCGCUGUUAAGUAACUUGUGCCUCUGAUCGGAGGAGAGACUGGCACGAGACUUUUUGACCAAUCAAAAUAUUAUCGUAUGGGUCUCGCUUGUCGCUUCUGAUUGGAAGACAAAGUGACACGUGAUAUUUUGACCAAUAGCAAUAGCGAGAAAUGUAGAGGUGGCCUUUUCGUCUGAUUGGAGGAGAUUCUGGCCAAUUAGCAAGUGCAGUUCUGCAACACACUAAAAACUUCCUGAAAAAAAAACUUUUGUAUUGUUUAUUGUUAAUUUGCAGGGGAUGAAAUUGAAAAGAGGACAACAGCUUCUAUAGGUGGUGCGCGACAGAAAAUAGGAAAAGAAAUAAGCGAAUUAAAUGAAAAACUUAAAAUGUGCAAGGAUGCUAUCCAACAUAUGAAGUCAGAGAUCGCGAAAGUAGAACAACAAGACUACGAUUCUCAAGAUACCACUCCAGCUACUCCUGUUGUUCAGUGAGACGAUAUUUUCAAGCACUGAAAAUAAACCGGCCGUUUUCUCCUGAUUGAUGAGCCAUUGCAGUUUGGCAAAGAAGUUUACAACAAUUUUUUCGUUUGGCGGUGGCAUCUAAUCGUCAUAUUUACAGAUAAAAUUUGCCAGUUCAGUGGAGAGCGACUCAGGUCACUGACUUGUGGGCCAGUACUUCCAGAUGCCGGUCGCUGCUUUUUUAUCAUGCAUAGACAAUAUCUUAAGCGUCUCAUUCUUGACAUGCAAAGAAUUUCAUAGCUGAGCUUCUUGAGGCGAUCUUUCAUAUGAUGGCUUUCGUGUUAAACUUUCCUUUAAAAAACAGGUGUAGAAGGUAAAUAAUUUAAAAGUGCACAUUGUUAUACGGUGAUAUUAUACGAUGUUCAUUCUCGUACCAAAAUAUUUUAGGAAGGAGUUCGUCUCUAGUAAUUACAGUAAACUAUUAACAAGUCUUAUUUCAGGGGCACCCAACGUCAAUUUUGGG